AUGGUUUCUCCAUCGCCUCAACCUCGUUCCCCUCCGCCGCCGGCGCCGACCGCAUCACACCAACUGCCGUUGUCGCCGGCUAUAUUUCCUCUCUGUUACCUCGUCUUCUCCGUUAUCUUUAUCAUCUACGUCACUUGCCGUCGAUACAAUGAGCCCUCAGAUAUAGAAGUCGGAAACCUAGCGUCUCAGCUGCACCGCCGUGUUCUUCCCCAACUUCCAUCUUUACCACCAGCGGGUCCGCCCGGUAGCACUGUCUUUGUCUACGGAAAAAACGCCGUUAACUGCAACGAAGUCGACUGCGCGAUUUGCCUCGACGGUUUUAGCGACGGUGACGAAUGCAAGGUUCUUCACGGGUGCAACCAUGGCUUCCAUAAAGCUUGCAUCGACAAAUGGCUGAGCCAGGACAAACACUGCCCGCUUUGUCGUGGAGCGGUUCUUGAAGGGUCGGUUCGGGUCGGUGCGAUUCAUGUCGAGCCGCGUUAUAACAAUGAUCGAGAUCGGAUUUAG